UUGAGAUGGGUUCCUCCAGAACCCGGAACCUGCAGGUGUUUGACACGGAGCUGAGCGCAGACACGGUGGAGUGGUGUCCCCUGCCUCACUACGCUCAUAUCUUAGCCUGUGGCACCUACCAGCUUCAGAAAGACGAUGAGAAGGUGAGUUAGACAUUAAAGGUUCAGCUUCAUUACCCUGCUGCUCAACCUGUCCCUUCUCUUUAACACAGAACACCAGCAGAACUGGUCGGCUCUACCUGUUCCAGUUUGACCAGCAGCAGUGUUUUAGCCCUCCGCUGACUGAGAUCCAGCGCAUCGACACUCCAGCUAUACUGGAUCUCAAAUGCGCUUCUAUUGGAUCGGACUGCACGGGCCAGCCUUCACUUCCAUCAGUGAUCUCUGGCCACCCAUGACCCUGUCACCAGUUCACCUGUUUUCCUCCUCUGAAUCACUUUGGGUAUGUCCUGACCACUGCAGACCAGGAACAUCCCAUAAGAGCUGCAGUUUUGGAGUAGCUCUGACCCUGUCGACUAACCGUCACAAUUUGGCCAGUGGCAGCUGGAAUUGGGUGGGUACACUACAUGGAAAAAAGUAUUGGGCCAACACUUCAGUGAUAUGGUGUCUUCGGCAUACAAAUGCCCUGCCUUGCAAAUUUCACCUUAAGAACUGAAACUUUGCAAGAAAUUUGCCUCAGCAUACAAAUGAGUGAACCGGUUGAACCUACAUCCAGGAGCUGUUCAAAUCUUGUUUGUGUCUGGGAAAAAAAGUUUCUGUGCAAGAUUUACUGAGGAUAUAGCACCAUGAGUCCGAAGAAAGCGAACAAGGACGGUAUUAAGAAAAAAAGGGAGCCGCUUUCAGUGGAAAUUAAAAAAGAAAUCAUCGCUAAGAAAGCAGCCGGUGCAAGCACGAGCGAUCUCGCUAGAGAGUACGGCCGGCCGGCGUCCACCAUCAGCACAGUCUUCAAAGAAAAGGACAAGAUUUUGAGUGCUGACGUAGCGAAAGGCGUAACCGUGCUUUCAAGGCAAAGAUCUAAAAUAUUAGAGGACGUUGAGAAAUUGUUGCUUAUUUGGAUAAACGAGAAAAUGAUCGUCGGUGACAGAGUCUCGGAGGAAAUGAUCUGCGACAAGGCAAGAAUGUUGCAUGCAGACUUGUCGGAGAGGACCCCUGGAACGAGUCAAGACGAUAUCGAAUCUUUUAAGGCGAGUAGAGGGUGGUGCGAAAAGUUUAAAAGAAGAUCUGGCAUCCAUAGAGUUGGAAGGCACGUGGAAGCAGCAGCCUCCUCCGACACAGAAGCAGUGGAGAAAUUUGUUCAAGAGUUUAAAGACUUCACCGAAAGCGAGAAAUUCAUGCCCCAGCAAGUUUUUAAUUGUGAGGAAACGGGGCUUUUUUGGAAGAGAAUGCCGAAACGCACCUACAUCGCAGAGGAGGAGAUGAAACUGCUCGGACAUAAGCCUAUGAAUGACAAGCUAACUUUGUUGCUUUGUGCAAAUGCCAGUGGGGAUUUAAAAAUCAAGCCAUUGCUUGUUUACCCUUCUGUUUUCAAACAGUACAAGGUAAUAAAGAGCAAGCUGAACAUGAUGUGGAGGUCUAAUUCCAGUGCUUGGGUCACGAGACUCUUAUUUGUUGAAUGGAUCACCGAGACUGCAGGCCCUGCUAUCAAGGAAUAUUUAAUGGAAAAAAAUUUGCCACUUAAGGCAGUUUUUUUGAUGGAUCAUGCCCCUGCCCAUCCUACAGACUUCGAGGAACUAUUACCGAAGGAGUUCAGCUUCAUUACUGUCAAAUUCCUUCCUCCAAACACCACCCGUCUUCUCCAGCCCCUAGAUCAGCAGGUGAUUGCGAACUUUAAAAAGAUUUACACAAGGGAACUGUUUCAAAAAUGUUUCGAAGUGACCAAUGCGACUCAGCUUACCCUGAGAGACUUUUUAAAAGAACAUUUUAAUAUCUACACGUGUGUGACUUUGAUUGACAAGUCCUGGCAGGGAGUGGCAAGGCGGACUUUAAAUUCCGCCUGGGGGAAAUUGUGGCCAGAAUGUGUUCUCGAUAGAGACUUUGAUUGGUUCGAAUCUGAGCCAAGAGUAACAGUAGUGGAGGAGAUCGUGAACCUUGGCAGCACCAUGGGCUUGGAGGUGGAUUGGGGUGAUGUGGACGAGCUGGUGGAGGAGCACAGGGAGGAGCUGACAACAGAGGAACUCGAAGCCAUCCGUGAGGAGCAACAGCAGACAGCUGAAGAGGUCUCUGUAGGGGAGGAGCAGCAGGAGAAAGAGGAGGAAUUGUCUUCUGAAGAAAUCAGGGAAAUGUGCAAAACAUGGGAGAAACUGCGUAGUGUAAGUGAGAGAUAUCAUCCAGACAAGGGCUUGGCCAGUCAUGCAAUUGAAAUGUUUAAUGACAUCGUCAUGGGCCAUUACAGGAAGGUGUUAAGACGCCGUGAAAAUCAGCAAACUAUAGAUGGGUUCAAUCGCAAUAGUGACCCACAACCAGGUCCUAGUGGCCUUGCAAAGCGCCCCAAAACAGAGAGAUCUCCCGAAUAUCUGCCAGACUUUUUAAUGGAAGAACACAAACACUAACCCCUCUCCUCCUCGUCUUCCAUUGGCAAAGAGGAAUCAGACUUUACGAGAGAAAGAGAAUUUUAAUGCCUGAUUAUUUCACAUUUUAUCAUUUCAUAUGUUACUUCUUUUUACCUAUUUUUUUAUAUGCAAAAAUGAUGAUUUUCAAAUUGGUAAGAGUAGUGUUUCCAUAUGGCAAGAGGAAAUCAUGAUAUAAAUCAUAAAUCAUAAAUAAAAGUUAAGAGAGGUUUAAUGUCUUUUUAUUUUUUCACUUUACUUAAUUUACAUGUCUCUUCUAAAAAAACUUAAAAAAUUGUUUUUACAUGCAAAAAAUAUGAU